UAGCAGCUUCGCGGCUGGGGACAGCUUCCUCCGGACGCUCCGCGAUCUUUGCCGCCGCCGCACGUCUGUCACAGGACCAUGGGGUUGACCAAGGGGCCGGAGGGCCAGGGUCUCCCGGAGAACCAGGGAAUACUUUGAUAGGCUGGACCAAGGUGAUUUGAGAGAGGAGUAAAACAAGCUGUCACCUGUACCACCUCCUAUUGCAAGAGACUGUCAAUCACUUUAAUAAUUCUUCGUUCAACUAUUUGUUAAUCUUAAUGGAAGAGAGGAAAGGUACCAUUCAUGAAAGCAGAUGGAGGCAAAAGUACUAGAAUAUUUCAGUUGUUUUUAAGUUGUAGAUCAACACCUGGGAGUGAAGGUAGAAACAAGAGAAGAUGAAGAACAAAAUGUCAAGCUGACUGAAAUUCUGGAGCUUUUGGUUGCAGCUGGGUAUUUCAGGGCAAGAAUUAAAGGCUUAUCACCUUUUGACAAGGUAGUAGGAGGAAUGACUUGGUGCAUUACCACGUGCAGCUUUGACAUAGACGUUGAUUUGCUCUUUCAGGAAAACUCUACAAUAGGACAAAAAAUAGCACUAUCAGAAAAAAUCGUCUCAGUCCUGCCAAGGAUGAAGUGUCCACACCAGCUGGAGCCCCACCAGAUCCAGGGCAUGGAUUUUAUUCACAUAUUUCCUGUUGUCCAGUGGCUGGUGAAGCGAGCUAUAGAAACAAAGGAAGAGAUGGGUGACUACAUCCGCUCCUACUCCAUAUCCCAGUUCCAGAAAACCUACAGUCUCCCUGAGGAUGAUGACUUCAUAAAGAGAAAAGAAAAGGCCAUCAAGACAGUUGUCGACCUUUCAGAUGUUUACAAGCCCCGUCGGAAAUACAAACGCCAACAGGGAGCAGAAGAGCUGCUCGAUGAAGAAUCUCGAGUCCAUGCCACGCUUUUGGAAUAUGGCAGGAGAUACGGAUUUAGCCGCCAGAGCAAAACAGAGAAGGCCGAGGACAAGAAAACGGCACUUCCCUCAGGGCUCUCGGCUGCGGAAAAAGCUGAUGCCCAUGAGGAAGAUGAGCUUCAAGCUGCUGAAGAGCAGCGUAUUCAGUCGUUGAUGACCAAGAUGACUGCCAUGGCGAAUGAGGAGAGCCGCCUCACCGCCAGCUCAGUAGGCCAAAUUGUGGGACUCUGCUCCGCCGAGAUCAAGCAGAUUGUGUCCGAGUAUGCAGAGAAGCAGUCUGAGCUGUCAGCUGAAGAAAGUCCAGAAAAAUUAGGAACCUCCCAACUUCAUCGUCGAAAAGUCAUCUCCUUGAACAAGCAGAUUCUGCAGAAGACCAAACAUCUGGAAGAGCUGCAGGCAAGUCAUACCAGCCUACAAGCCAGAUACGAUGAAACAAAGCAAACUCUGACAGAGCUGAAGCAUCACAGUGAGAAGCUGGACAAAGAGCAAGCGGCCCUGGAGAAGAUAGAAUCCAAAGCGGAUCCCAGUAUCCUGCAGAACUUGAGAGCACUUGUAGCCAUGAAUGAAAAUCUGAAAAGUCAGGAACAAGAGUUUAAAGCACAUUGUCGAGAGGAGAUGACACGGCUGCAGCAGGAAAUUGAAAACCUGAAAGCCGAGAGAGCACCAGGCGGAGAGGAGAAGAGCCUAUCUGCUGGAGAGCCACAUGGUGCCCUAACCCCUGGGAUGACUCAUAAUGAAGACCUAGACAGACGGUAUAACAUGGAGAAAGAGAAACUUUACAAGAUCCGUUUACUACAGGCUCGAAGAAAUCGAGAAAUAGCAAUUUUGCAUCGCAAGAUUGAUGAAGUACCCAGCCGAGCUGAGCUAAUACAGUAUCAGAAGAGAUUUAUUGAACUCUACCGCCAGAUUUCUGCAGUGCACAAAGAAACCAAGCAGUUCUUCACUUUAUAUAAUACCCUGGAUGAUAAAAAGGUUUAUUUGGAAAAAGAGAUCAGCCUGCUGAACUCAAUUCAUGAGAACUUCUCACAAGCCAUGGCCUCCCCUACUGCCCGGGACCAGUUUUUACGUCAGAUGGAACAGAUCGUAGAAGGAAUUAAGCAGAGCAGAAUGAAGAUGGAAAAGAAGAAGCAAGAGAACAAGAUGAGAAGAGACCAGUUGAAUGACCAGUACUUGGAACUGUUAGAAAAGCAGAGGCUCUACUUUAAGACUGUGAAGGAGUUCAAGGAGGAGGGCCGCAAGAAUGAGGUGCUGCUGUCCAGGGUCAAAGCCAAGGCCUCCUGAAAGUUCCCGGACAUCAUCGUAUGUCACUGAUUUUUUUUUUCUUUUAACGCCAUGUAUCAACUGCAAGAUGGUGAAAUGGUUCUGAACACUACAGUAAAGAGAUGCAGGGGUCAUAAUCUCAGCACCCGGAUAUUUUCUUUCUCCCAUUUGCUUCCAUUUCAUCUCUCUGUUGUUGAUGGAAUCAGACGGUGUAAACAUGAUGGCUUGGAUAACACCUGUCAUCCUCUGAGGAAAUGCGGGCAGUAUUCGUUCUGUGUCGGGUCAACUUGAAUUUCUCCAGUAACAUUGCACAUAUGAAGGUACCUGUAUUUGUAUGGACUCUCUGAAUAAAAAGGAAUUCAUUUGU